AAUCGACACACCCACACCCGAUCCCGACCGACCGACGCUCUUCAUCCCGUCCCACUGCCGUGCAUCCGCACAUGUAGGUACACACAUACACACACACAGCAGUCGGAAGAGCGCAUGACUUCAUUUCCGGCGCCCGCAUUGUCAAGGACCCGAAAAGCGGGACGCAACAUCCCGCCUGGCGCCCCGCCCCGCCUAAUCAGUCGGCUUCUUGGGAGCUGCAUCCAUCCAUCCAUCCAUCCCACCAACGACCACCACCAACGAAAGCCACAAGGGACCUCGGCUCAAGCAAGGUGCCAGGGAACGAAACCACUACGGAAUUUCGUUUGAUCUUCGCCCUCAAUUAUUCCAUUAAAUAUCUCGACGCGAAUUCUGCUUCGGGCGCACGCGGGUUGACCUGACGGCCCUUCCUUUUUAUUACCCUUCCCUUCCCUUCCCUUCCCUUGUAAUAAAACCACCCGCUUGUCACUGCGACUCACCCCCGUCGUCACUCUCUCCACCCUCUUCAUCUACAUCUGCAGCGCGUCAUCGCCAUGGCAGCCAAGGCCCCCAUCCCGCAAAACGACAAUGUCGCCCACGCCCUCGCCGGUGCUGGCGGCGGCAUCCUCUCCAUGGUCCUGACGUACCCGCUCAUCACGCUGUCCACGCGCGCGCAGGUCGAGUCCAAAAAGGCAGAGACCAAGUUCGUCGAGGCCGUCCAGAAGAUCAUCGCCCGCGAGGGCGUCCCCGGCCUGUACGCGGGCAUCAACUCGGCCCUCUUCGGCAUCAGCGUCACCAACUUCGUCUACUACUACUGGUACGAGUGGACCCGCGCCACCUUUGAGCGCGCCCGCGCGAGCAAGAAGCUCACCACCAUCGAGUCCAUGAUCGCGGGCGCCAUCGCCGGCUCCGCGACCGUCAUCAUCACCAACCCCAUCUGGGUCGUCAACACCCGCGUCACCACCCGCAAGCAGGAUGCCGACGGCGACGUCGAGGCCGGUGGCGCCGUGGCUGCCAAGCGCUCCAGGGCGCCCUCCACGAUCGGCACCCUCAUGGCGCUCCUCAAGAACGAGGGGCCCCAGGCCCUCUUCUCCGGCGUCAUCCCCGCCCUGGUGCUCGUCAUCAACCCAAUUCUCCAGUACACUCUCUUCGAGCAGAUGAAGAACUACGUCGAGAAGAGGAGGAAGGUGACGCCCACCAUCGCCUUCUUCCUCGGCGCCCUCGGCAAGCUCUUCGCCACCAGCGUCACCUACCCGUACAUCACCGUCAAGAGCCAGAUGCACGUCGCCGCCCACGGCAAGAAGAAGGAGGGCAUGUCGCAGACCCUGCAUCGCGUCAUUAGAGAGGAGGGCUACGCCGGCCUCUACAAGGGCAUCGGCCCCAAGGUCACGCAGAGUGUCCUGACGGCAGCCUUCCUCUUCGCCUUCAAGGACGUCUUGUACGAGCAGACCAUCAGGCUCCGCUCCCGCAAGAGCGCGUAAGCCUUUUGCAGAGCCUAAAUACGGUCCCAUGCGCGCACCGCUACGCACCUUGCAAGCUGGAGCCUGUAAACCAGACAAGACCACCCAAGCCCUUAGCGGCACGGCCAGUGGAUAUUUAGGAACAUAGUCUCGCCAGAGACGAUGCAACUGUAUGAUGACAUGUGCCAGGGGGAAGUUGAUACCACAGAGAGAGGAAUAGAAAUUGGGCUCGGGAUUGGAUACUACAGGAUGUGCAUCUACCUACGGUAGUCGUCUUAGACCAAUGUGGACUUGAUUAUACC